AUGGCCGAAGCAACCCCCCGCAUCACAGCCCCCUUCCUCGAGCAAUUCUCCCACCGCACCGUCCGCAUCCUCGGUAAAGUCCGCCAACUGCGCGGCGAAGAAGCCACCAUCGACGCGGGAGGCCAGAUCCGCGUGCUUCAGAUCAAAGUAUCUCAUCUCACUCCCUCACUCAAACCUCGCCCCCAAUCGUCAAGUUGGAUAAACUGAUCGAAUUGGUGAAUUUUUAUAUUUUUUUUUAGGAUUCCAACUGGCACAUGAACCACGCCGUCGAGAUCAUCGGCAAAGUGCAACAGGAUCUGAGUGUGAAAGUCAUGGCGAGCACGGAUAUGGGGCCGGAGGCGGGGAUCGGUAUGGGCACUCCCACACUCACUCAUCCUUUUCUCCAAAAAUUUCCCCAAGGUUGUUCAAUGUGGCUGAUUUUUGGGGGGGAUUGUGGGGUGUGUAGAUUUCAGCGCCGUCGAAGCCGUUGUGGAUGCUACACAUCGGUAUCAUGAGAUUUUCUACGAGAGGCAGUAUUAA